AUGGGUUCACAAGUUGGAAAAUUAAUUUCUAUUGAUUUUGCUAUUCAAUUUAUUGGUUGGAUUAUUUCAGCUAAAUUUCGAACUGAAAAAUAUUUUGAUUUAACAGGUUCUUUAACAUUUAUUUUAUUAACUUAUCUAAGUCGAAAUAAAACUCAUCAAACUCUUCGACAAAAAAUUCAAUGUUCUUGUGUAUUUAUUUGGGCAUUAAGAUUAGGUGCAUUUCUAUUCUAUCGAAUAUUAAAAGCUGGUAAAGAUUCACGAUUUGAUCAUAUGCGUAAUUCUCCAUCGAGAUUAUUUAUACCUUGGAUGAUGCAAGGUCUUUGGGUAAUAAUAACACUUUUACCAACACUUUAUCUUAAUCAAAAAGAAGUUGAUAAACCAUUAACACAAACAGAUUAUAUUGGUUGGGGUAUGUGGUUAUUUGGUUUUCUAUUUGAAGUUAUAGCUGAUCAACAAAAAAUGACAUUUAAAAAUAAUUUAAAUAAUAAAGGAAAUUUUAUUAAUACUGGCCUUUGGAAAUAUUCAAGACAUCCGAAUUAUUUCGGUGAAAUAUGUUUAUGGCUUGGUCUUUAUAUAUCAUCAUCACAUAUGCUUGUUGGAUAUGAAAAAUUUACUGGGAUACUUUCACCUGUAUUUGUAACAUUGCUGCUUUCAUUUUUAAGUGGAAUUCCAAUAUUGGAAAGACAAGCAAUGAAAUUAUUUGGAAAUAAUCCUGCUUAUCAUACAUAUCGAAGUCGAACACCAAUUCUUAUUCCAUUUAUUAAUUUUCCUCGUAUUUAA